GACCAACAAGCUUUAUCUUUAUUGAUGUCUUCUCCAGUUACUCAAGACAUGCUUUCACACAUUGUCAACGUUACACUCAAGGUUAUCCAAUGCAAAAAAUCAAAAACUGUUCUACCUUCACCACCUUCAAGUCCAAAUCAAAAAUCAUCAAAGAAUUUACCAUCAUUAAUGACUUUCAUUUCACGUCUUGUUAGAUACACAAAUGUUUACACUGGUACUUUGUUGACAACUUUAGUUUAUUUGGAAAGAUUAAGUGCUAAACUACCAAAAAAUGCUGAAGGUUUACCAUGCACUUUACACAGAAUCUUUUUGGCUUGUUUGAUUCUCUCUUCAAAAUUCCACAAUGAUAGUUCUCCAAAAAACUACCAUUGGGCAAAAUAUACCGAUGGUCUUUUCAAAUCUGAAGAUGUCAAUUUGAUGGAACGUCAAUUGUUAUCACUUAUGGAUUGGGAUUUGUCAGUUUCAAAUACUGACCUAAUUCGUUCGUUGAAAAGAUUUAUUGAUCCAAUCAAAGCUGAUUUGAGAAAAACUUCAAGAGUUCGUCGUCAUAUC